AUGGAAGGCCAGAGUUCAAAGGUCAAGGAGCUCAAGGGCACCGAGAAGCGCGACGCCCUCACUGCAUGGGAGCGCGAGUGCCAGGCCAAAUGGGACGCCGACCGUGUGUUUGAGGCGAACCCGCCGUCAAUUGACGAUAUCCCCCUCGACUCCAUCUCUGCCGCCGAUCUCCGCGAAAAGUUCCCACGAUGGCACGGAAACAUUGCCUACCCUUACAUGAACGGCGCCCUUCACGCCGGCCACUCUUUCUCCAUUUCCAAGGUUGAGUUCCAGGCUGGUGUCGCCCGCCUGAACGGCAAGAAUGCGCUCUUCCCCAUGGGUUUCCACUGCACCGGUAUGCCCAUCAAGGCAUGCGCCGAUAAGCUCACAAAGGAGAUUGAAAUGUUUGGACGGGACUUCGAGGGCUACAACGAGGCGGCCGAGCAGGCCGAGGCCCCCAAGGCAGCCCCCGCCCCGGCCGCGGCAAAGGAGGAUCCCACCAAGUUCAAGGCCCAGAAGAGCAAGGUUGCCGCAAAGAGCGUCAAGGCCAAGUACCAAUUCCAGAUUAUGAAGUCCAUCGGCAUCCCCACCGAGGAAAUCCACCACUUCGCCGAUGCCAGCCAUUGGAUCACCUUCUUCAGCCCUCUGGCGGAGCGCGAUCUCAGGAGCUUCGCGCCUGAGGAGGCGGGAAAGAUGAAGUUCGGCAAGCGUUACACCAUUUACUCCAUCAAGGACGGCCAGCCCUGCAUGGACCACGACAGGUCCCAGGGUGAGGCUCUUAACCCCCAAGAGUACACUGCCAUGAAGCUCAAGGUUCUCGAGUGGGCCCCCAAGGCCGCUGAGGCCGUCAAGGGAAAGCUCCCCGAAGGUGCCAAUGUUUACUUGGUCCCCGCUACCCUCAGGCCCGAGACCAUGUACGGCCAGAUCUGCUGCUUCGUCGGCCCUAAGCUCCAGUACGGAAUCUACCAAGCCUCGGAGAAUGACUACUAUGUCAUUACCGAGCGCGCGGCAAGGAAUAUGGCCUAUCAGGGCAUCUUCCAGGAGAACGGCGUCAUCAAGAAGGUCGCCGACCUCGAGGGAUCUGAUCUGAUUGGGUCGCUCAUCAACGCCCCGCUGUCCUUCUAUAAGGACGGAGUCCGCGUUCUCCCCAUGGAGACUGUUCUAGCUACCAAGGGUACUGGUGUCGUCACCUGCGUCCCCUCCGACAGCCCUGACGACUAUGCUACGAUUACUGAUCUCGUCAAGAAGCCCGAAUACUACGGCAUCCAGAAGGAGUGGGCCGACCUUGAAAUCAUCCCUCUCAUCGAUACCCCUACCUACGGCAACAAGUGCGCCGAGGCCCUUGCCAAGGAGCUUGCCUACAAGGAGGGUUUCUACCAGGGUGUCAUGAUUGUCGGUGAUUUCAAGGGCGAGAAGGUCGAGGUUGCCAAGGGCAAGGUCCGACAGCAACUCUUCGACAACAACGACGCCUUUGCCUACUCGGAGCCGGAGGGUCUCGUAAUCUCCCGCUCUGGUGACGAGUGUAUCGUCGCCCUCAUGGACCAGUGGUUCAUUGAGUACGGCGAGGAGUCGUGGAAGAAGGUUGCUCUCGACUUUGUUGAUGAUGGCCUGAACACUUACUUCCCCGAGACCAAGAACGCCUUUGAGGGUGUUCUCAACUGGCUCAAGGACUGGGCCGUCAGCCGAAACUAUGGCCUUGGAAGCAGGCUUCCGUGGGACGAAAAGGUCUUGGUCGAGUCUCUCUCUGACAGCACCAUCUACAUGGCCUACUACACCAUCUGCCACCUUUUGCACACCGACAUAUACGGCCGUGAAAAGGGCGCGGCCAACGUAGAAGCGAGCCAAAUGGUUGAUGAGGUUUGGGAUUACGUAUUUUCUCGCCGCGAAUACGAUGAUUCUAUCGCCGAGAUCUCCAAGAUCCCCAAGAAGACCCUUGAAACCCUUCGCAGGUCUUUUGAAUACUUCUACCCCAUCGACGUUCGCGUGUCGGGCCGCGACUUGAUCCCUAACCACUUGACUUUCUGCAUCUACAACCACAUCGCCAUGUUCUCCAGGGAAUACUGGCCCAGGUCCAUUCGCGCCAAUGGUCAUCUUCUCCUCAACGGUGAAAAGAUGUCCAAGUCUACGGGAACUUUCUUGACACUCCACGAGCUCGUUGCCAAGUACGGCGCUGAUGGCGCGCGCAUCGCCCUCGCGGAUGCCGGCGAUUCCAUCUCGGAUGCCAACUUUGAGGAAGAUGUAGCGGACAACAGCAUUCUCCGCAUGUUCACCCUUCGCGAGUGGUGCGAGGAGGUCACGCGUGAAAAGGCAAGCCUCAGGACCGGCGAGCUCAACUCGUACCAGGAUCGCUUCUUUGAAAACGAGAUGAACGCGGCGGCCACAGAGGCUAUCUCUCAGUACAACCAGACCAACUACAAGCUUGCCCUCAAGGCGGCUCUCUACGACCUCUCGGCGGCGCGUGACUUUUAUCGUGAGGCGUGUAUCUCGGGCGGUAUCUCUCUGCAUGCCGACCUCGUGGACAAGUGGAUGCGCCUGCUCGCCAUCCUCUUGUCACCCAUCACUCCUCACUUUUCCGAGUACAUCUGGAUCAAGGUUCUUGGCGAGAAGGAUACCAUCCACCGCGCACGGUUCCCCGAAGUCCCCGCCGUUGACCCAAUCCUCUCGGCCGCCCGCGAGUACAUCAAGGACACGGCCUCCAACGUCAACUCGGCCGAGUCCAACCAGCUCAAGAAGAAGGCCAAGGGCAAGGCCACUGCCUUUGACCCCAAGAAGGCCAAGAAGCUCACGAUUUGCGUGUCCACCACCUUCCCCGCCUGGCAGGACAAGUACAUUGAGCUCCUCCGCGAGAUGUGGGAUCCGGCCACGAAGUCGGUCAACGACAAGGAACUCAACGGCAAGAUUGGUAAGAUGGGCGAGAUGAAGAAGGCCAUGCCGUUUGUGCAGGCCCUCAAGAAGCGUCUCUCCUCGGGCGAGCCCGUCAACGUCGUCCUUGACCGUAAGCUCGCCUUUGAUGAGACGGAUAUUCUCAAGCAGAUGGUGCCCGGCCUCAAGAGGUCGGCUAACCUCAAGGAGGUGGACAUCCUCAUCCUCACGGACGAGGGCAAGAAGGCGGUGGACCUCGAGGGCAAGGAAGUGCCUCUAACGAUACCGGCGGAGAACGCAGUGCCUGGAUCCCCAGUCUUCCAUUUCGAGAAUGUAGCAGAGGGUGAGGAGAAGACCUUGGAGAUCAGAUAG